AUGAAGGACCCUGGGAGCUUCCAAAUCCCCUGCAUUAUAGAGAAUAUCAACAUUGAAAAGGCAUUAUGUGAUAUGGGAGCUAGCAUCAACCUUAUGUCCUUGACCAUGAUGAAGAUAAUGAGGAUUGAAGAGGCCAAACCAACAAGAAUGGCACUUCAAUUAGCUGAUAGAACAUUCAAGUUCCCUCGUGGAGUAGUGGAGGACUUGUUAGUUAAGGUGGGAGAGUUUAUCUUCCCAGCUGAUUUGGUUGUGCUUGAUAUGGAGGAAGAGGCUAACACAUCAAUCAUCCUAGCAAGACCAUUUCUAGCUACUGGUGGAGCCAUAAUUGAUGUUCAAAAAGGGGAGUUAGUCUUGAGACUGCAUGAAGAGAAGAUGGUUUUCAAUGUCUUCAAAGCAAUGAGCUACCCAAAGGAGUCCAUUGGUGAAUGCAUGAUGGUAGACACAAUAGAAAAGCUAGUUCAAGGAGUUUUAGAAAAAGAACAACAUGAAGAAAUAAUGGAGUAA